UGCAUGGAACUCGGGUCUUGGUGGCAAGCACUUUCAAAUGGUGAGUUUAUCUGACUGAUUUUUAAUUCCGUUAUUGCCAGCCUUGAGACUUACCGCAUUGUGUUAGUGUCUAUGGCCUGUCUACAGCAAUUCUCACUGCCUUAGAGCUAUAGAGAGUUUUAGGCUAACCUAAGGCAUUUUUCUUUAGAGUUAACAGGGUUGAGCUGAAGUGAGGGAUCAUCGUUGGUCCAGUCGGGGUUCACUCGCCUUGGUUUUAGGAACCACAACCUCGGAGUCGAGUGGUGCAGCCGCAACCAUAGAGAGCGCGAGGCGGGAGCGAGGGGCCGGAUGUGGUCACCAUAGAGACGGGUGAAUGACAGGCAGCGGAAGAGGAAGCCCUGGAAAGGCUAGGCUGUGAGGUGGCAGCGGCUGCUGAGCUGAGCUCCUCGGCCCGCAACGGGGUGGGCUCUUGGUCUCGUCACCCGCGAGGCGGCCCCAUCUCCGCCCUGGCCUGCCGUGGGAGUCGGGUGUCCCCGUCGGCCUGAUCGGACUGAGCACCCGCUUGAUUGAUCCUGCUUUCCGCCGCCGAGGCUCGCAGAGCAAACCAGCUGGACGCCGGGCCUCUUCUGCAGUCGGGGGACGUAGGCGAUUCGUUUCUGACUUCAGACAAUCGGCUAGGAUUCGCUUUGGGGCUUCUUCCGAGGGCUGGCACGGGGCUGUGGUUGCCAAGGGACCUAGUCGGGCACUGGCUGAUGCAGGCGGAGGUCCUGUUGGGAGGUGGUGAGCCUCUGCUGGCCUUCCCAGACUCCAGCGUUUCUCUUAACUGCUGCUGUCUCCCGGGUUGUUUUAUUUGGUAACCUCUAACUACAUCAAGAGUGCCUAUAAUUUGUCCCUUGCUGCUCUUAGGAAGGUGGACAGCUGAGUGGGAUGGUCUGCAAAAUGGCUCCGUCAGCCAUUGCGCUCCUCUGAGAGGCCAGCUGUGCUGAGUCACUGUGGCUGUUCACCUCAUUUGGGUGGGCAGAUGGGUGAUGGCUAGUAGUCUUCUGUGACGAGGGGGUUACUAGAACCUAUGGGUUACUGUGACACUCGGGAGCAGGGUGGAAGGAGACUUUGACCCCUUCUCUAGUGCUAGCCUGCAGCAGUAGGUAAGGAGUCCCUUCUUGUGCCUGAACAGACAUGGUGGGCCAUGAUCCCUACAGGCCAGAACAGGGUGGCUGAGGUGGGACCCUUUGGUUGGACUGUUGUUUGGAUGCUGCAUGCUCUUUUCCCUAACCCCUGCUUAUCAGGUGCUGCUAACUUUCAGAUCAGGCCAUGCUUCAGAUGAAUGUAACCCCUUCUGGGUUAGGUUUGGCAGUGUUGCACGUUCUUUCCUCUUCCUACUGGACUACAGACUGCAGUCCUGGUAGUGAGUGGCAUUGUUCACAUAGACGUUAGUAUUUUGUUGAGAGGUAGAGCAGCACCAUGGCCACUGAAGACCAGACAUAGGGAGUUGGCAAGUCUUUGUGGGAUGCUGGGCCUGGAAGCCAGCACACUUUGUUCCUUUCUCUGUUGCUGACCUCAUUGACUUCAGGUUCUCUGAUUAAAACUCUGGGGCUACUGCUGGUCUGGUGCCCAUCAACCUACUGUUCUUUGAGACUGUGCCCUGGGGCACUCUAUGUCAGGGCCUGCCACCAUGAGAUUGAGCUCGCUGUUGGCUCUGCUGCGACCAGCACUCCCCCUCAUCCUGGGGCUGUCUCUGGGAUGCAGCCUGAGCCUUCUGCGGGUUUCCUGGAUCCAGGGUGAGGGAGAAGAUCCCUGUGUAGAGGCUGUAGGGAAGCCAGGAGGGCCACAGAAUCCAGACUCAAAAACUGGACUGGACCAAAGUGAUGAAGACUUCAAACCCAGGAUUGUCCCCUACUACAGGGACCCUAACAAGCCCUACAAGAAGGUGCUCAGGACUCGGUAUAUUCAGACAGAGCUGGGCUCUCGUGAGCGCUUACUGGUAGCUGUCCUGACUUCUCGCGCCACACUGUCCACCCUGGCUGUUGCUGUUAACCGUACAGUGGCCCAUCACUUCCCUCGAUUACUCUACUUCACAGGGCAGCGAGGGGCCCGGGCUCCUGCAGGGAUGCAGGUGGUGUCUCAUGGAGAUGAGCGGCCUGCCUGGCUUAUGUCAGAGACCCUGCGCUACCUUCACACACACUUUGGGGCUGACUAUGACUGGUUCUUCAUCAUGCAGGAUGACACUUACGUGCAGGCCUCCCGAUUGGCAGCUCUUGCUGGCCACCUUAGCAUCAACCAGGACCUGUACUUGGGCCGUGCAGAGGAAUUCAUUGGUGCAGGCGAGCAGGCCCGGUACUGCCAUGGGGGCUUUGGCUACUUGCUGUCACGGAGUCUCCUGUUGCGCUUGCGGCCACAUCUAGAUGGCUGCCGAGGGGACAUUCUCAGUGCUCGGCCUGAUGAAUGGCUUGGCCGCUGCCUCAUCGACACUCUGGGCAUCGGCUGUGUCUCACAGCACCAGGGGCAACAGUAUCGCUCCUUCGAACUGGCCAAGAAUAGGGACCCUGAGAAGGAGGGGAGCUCUGCUUUCCUGAGCGCCUUCACCGUUCACCCUGUCUCCGAGGGCACCCUCAUGUACCGCCUCCACAAGCGCUUCAGUGCCCUGGAGUUGGAGCGGGCUUACAACGAAAUAGAGCAACUGCAGGCUCAGAUCCGGAACCUGACCGUGCUGACUCCUGAGGGAGAGGCAGGGCUGAGCUGGCCUGUUGGACUCCCAGCCCCUUUCACUCCACACUCUCGCUUCGAGGUGCUGGGCUGGGACUACUUCACAGAGCAGCACACCUUCGCCUGUACAGAUGGGGCUCCCAAAUGCCCGCUGCAGGGGGCUAACAGGGCAGACGUAGGCGAUGUGGUGGACACUGCUCUGGAGCAGCUCAAUCGACGCUAUCAGCCGCGCCUGCGCUUCCAGAAGCAGCGACUGCUCAAUGGCUACAGGCGCUUUGACCCCGCAAGGGGCAUGGAGUACACUCUCGACUUGCUUCUGGAAGCUGUCACUCAGCGAGGGCACCGACGCUCACUGGCCCGCAGAGUCAGCCUGCUGCGGCCACUGAGCAGGGUGGAAAUCCUGCCUAUGCCCUAUGUCACUGAGGCUACCCGGGUGCAGCUGGUGCUGCCGCUCCUGGUGGCUGAAGCUCCGGCUGCCCUGGCUUUUCUUGAGGCCUUUGCUGCCAGUGUUCUGGAGCCUCGAGAACAUGCAUUGCUCACCCUGUUGUUGGUAUAUGGGCCCCGGGAAGGCCGCGGGGGCCCUGACCCAUUUCUUGGGGUGAAGGCUGCAGCCGCUGAGUUAGAACGACGGUACCCUGGGGCGAGGUUGGCCUGGCUUGCUGUGCGAGCAGAGGCCCCUUCCCAGGUGCGACUCAUGGAUGUCAUUUCCAAGAAACACCCGGUGGACACACUCUUCUUCAUUACCACCGUGUGGACGAGACCUGGGUCGGAAGUCCUCAACCGCUGCCGUAUGAAUGCCAUCUCUGGCUGGCAGGCCUUCUUUCCAGUCCAUUUUCAAGAGUUCAACCCUGUUCUGUCACCACAGAGAUCCCCCCCAGGGGGACCUGGGGCUGGCCCCGAUCCCCCAUCCCCUGGUGUGGACCCUUCUCGGGGGGCUCCCGUUGGGGGCAGAUUUGACCGGCAGGCAUCGGCAGAGGGCUGCUUCUACAAUGCUGACUACCUGGCAGCCCGAGCCCGGCUGGCUAGUGAACUGGCAGGCCAGGAAGAGGAGGAAGCCCUGGAGGGGCUGGAGGUGAUGGAUGUUUUCCUCCGGUUCUCAGGGCUCCACCUCUUUCGAGCCGUAGAGCCAGGGCUGGUGCAGAAGUUCUCCCUGCGGGACUGCAGCCCCCGGCUCAGUGAGGAACUGUACCACCGCUGUCGCCUCAGCAAUCUGGAGGGUCUGGGAGGCCGUACCCAGCUUGCCAUGGCUCUGUUUGAACAGGAGCAGGCCAACAGCACUUAGCUUCCCCACCCCUGUGGAAGGGCAAGGCAAGGUGAUGGACAGAUGGAGGGCUUGUUACUGUAUUUUUUUAAAAACAAGAAAAUGUUAUUAAAAGUAUCUUCUGCCAAA